GCAGGUAGAGCCCUGGGAGAUCCCAGACAACCAGGACUAAAUGUAAAGGGUUAGGCUCGGAAAUCGUGUUUUUUAAAUUUAUUUAUUUAUUUUUAUUUUUUCUAUGUAACGGACUUUAAAAAAAAAACUAAAGGAAAAUAGCGAGUUAUUACUAAGCAUGUAUGUUAUUAUAUUACAUAUAUUAGUAUACGUGCAAAUAGCGAAUUGCAGUGCAAGGACGAGCCGAGUGUCAGAAGGAUGCACGCUGCCUAAAGGAGGGUUACUUCCUAGCUCGACAGCGAUCGUUACGCUUAUUACCUCGCCACAUUAUUUCCAGCGAUGUUUCUAGUUGUUCGCCUUUUUCCCCUUCCGAAGCUGAAAGAUUCAUCCAAUUAUAGGCAUCGAUAUCGUGGUUCCUCCCUCAGGGAUGUGAGCACAAAGUUAUUCAGAUGACCAAUGACCUCUGGGCCAAAUGGAUCAAAUGUGUUCUCCAAAGCAGUUUUGCUAUGCUGUUUUCCACACUUGUCCCACUGCAACAUUGAGUUUCAGCUCACAAAAUGCCGUUUGCGUCUUGUCCUGCAACCCUUCGCCAUCUAGUGGUUGGUAUUCUCCUGUUGGGCAGCUUUAUCACCAUCUUCUUCGUGUACAUUAAACCCAGCAGUGUGUGGCUGUCAGUCCACAGUCAGUCUGCUCUGGAGCCCCUAAAGUUAAAAACUUCUACACCAACCAAGACUGACAUGAAGCCCGAGCUGGUGCUGGUUCUAAUCUGGCUCUGGCCGUUUGGUCAAGCUUAUGACCUGGACAGCUGCAGCGCUCUCUUCAACAUCCAGGGCUGUUCAUUGACUGCCGACCAUGAUCUUUAUAAUAAAUCAGUGGGAGUGGUAAUUCACCACCGGGAUAUCAGCCGGGAUUUAUCUAACCUGCCUCCCUCCACACGCCCACCCUUCCAGAAAUGGAUCUGGAUGAACCUGGAGUCUCCUUCACAUUCCCCCAAAAUCCCAGGUCUAGGGAAGCUGUUUAAUCUGACUCUAAAUUACCGUGGAGAUGCUGAUAUUCAGGUGCCCUACGGUUCCAUCAUCCCCGCUCUGCAGGAGGAGGAGUUUGUUUUGCCCAGGAAGACCAAACUUGUCUGCUGGGUUGUCAGUAACUGGAACCCAGAUCAUGCCAGGGUGAAGUACUACAGUGAGCUCACCAAGCACAUUGCAAUACACACAUAUGGACAAGCGUUUGGAGAAUACAUCGUGGAUAAAGACUUUUCCUCAACAAUAGCCAGUUGUAAAUUCUAUCUUUCCUUUGAAAACUCCAUUCACAGAGACUACAUUACAGAGAAAAUGUACAACCCUUUGUCGAUGGGCUCAGUUCCCAUUGCUCUUGGCCCUUCUAGGCAGAACUAUGAGAGCUUUGUGCCAGGAGAUGCUUUCAUUCACGUGGACGACUUCCUGUCCCCUAGAGACCUGGCAGAACACCUAUUGCUGCUGGAUACACACGAUGAGCUCUACCUGAACUACUUUGCUUGGCGGCGACAUUUUAAAGUAAAGAUGUCCUCCUUCUGGGCUGAACACACGUGUCGCGCCUGUGAAUACUUAAGAAACCAUAACGAAUACAAAGCUUUUAAUAACCUGGACUCUUGGUUUUGGGAUUAAGUGUCAUAUCACACAUGCACACAUUUUAUUUGAAUGUUUAACCAGUGAUCACUGCAAAGCACAAUGGAAGAACCUGAAAAACAGACCCCCAAGCCUGAAGAUAAAGCAGAUAGACACUCUUGCCUUCUGUGAUUGGUUAAACUGUAGUCUGCACUGGUCUUUUUAUGUGAACAGUAACUAUGCUACAGAUUUUGUACCUAUUUUUUAAUAGGUGUUUUAGGAGUCAGGCAGUUAAUUAAUUAAACAGUUAAAUCCUAGUUAAUACUAAACAGUGGAAUAUUAAUUAAUACUAAUCAGUUGAUUGUUAACUAAUACUAAAGUUACAUUUAAUUAAUAUUAUUGAUUUCAAAAUUUAGGACUUGAAUUGUAUUUGAAGUUCAUAUUUGAUUAUCACUGAAAAAAGACCUACAAAAUCAAGAUGAGUAACAUUUAACUGUAGCUAUACUUUAAAUGUGUCUUCUGCCUCACUGGAAUUGAUUAGAUUUCUUGACAGUUUCUCCCAUGUAUCUGUGACAGGGGCAAAGAUGGGUGUUUUUCCUUCAUUCAGUUUUAUAAGAUGCUAUAAAUUCUGAAACGAGUAAAUUAAUGGCAUGUGUACAAUACUGUUAUGAAAAGA